UAUAUUCCAAAUCGGUAUUUAUCUACAGUAAAGAUCGAAUCUUACUCCAUCUAAUGCGAUUACCAUGUUAACCAAAAGCUUCGUAAACAAGCAUUAUAAAUUUGCAGAAAAUUCAUAAUCACAAGCCGGUUGACAGCUCGCGUUUCGAUAGUUUUAACUGACUAGUGUCUGUUUAUUCAUUCUAAGCGAAGUUGAUCCGAUACCUGUGACAAUUCUAAAGUUUUUGAUGGUCAAGUUGGAAGAAUUCAAGCAGAUAUUGGAGCAAAGAGAUGAUUUUGAACAUUGAUAAAGAGCCGCGUAUUUCAUGAUUUCAGGUAUAAUAUUGAACAUGGUGGUUCAAGUGAACGGAAUUGUUAACCUUGAACUCUUUGAACUCUGUCAAGUCGAAAAUCAACAUGACAUAGCCAAUUGCUUUCAUGUAUAUUUUAUGAAUGAAAAUAGUAGCGUCGUUACGGAGCGUGUGAUGGUUUAUUAUUAGACAACAAUAGUUAUGGCUGAAAAAGGAGCGUAUUUAACGGAUACAGUCAAGGCUAAGCCCUCGAUUUUUGAAAUUGUUGCUCAAGAAUCUCUAGCCUCUACACUCGAACCAGUCUUCAAAAAAAUAAUCUCAUAUUUGGUGUUGGUCAAUCCACAUCGAUAUGGAUGGCUUGACGGAUGGUGCGAUGAGGCGUAUCUGGUUUUUAAUGCUGCUCUGCAAUAUCACUAUCUUAAAAAAUAUUCGGCAUCAUUUUCCGAAUCAUUCUACGGGUUGAAACGUUCCUCGUCCGUAACAGGUUCAGAUGGAAAGUUAUCUACUAAGCAAGAGAAAAUUUCUUUGUUGCUGUUAGUCGUCUUUCCGCACUUCAGAAACAAAAUAUUCAAGCUUGCGGAAGAAUAUAAAUUUGAAGUUGCUGAUGGUAAAACACCUCAGAAUCGAUGGCAGAAACUUAGAACGAAAUUGGUCAUAAAUGGACAAAUGAUAUUUCAUGUUACUUAUGAAUGCCUAAUACUCUAUCGAUACUUGAGGUACAUGGCUGGACGGUCAGAAUAUUCGACUCCACUUCUUUGGUUGGCGUCUGUUACAUUGUCUUAUGCAGAUGAUAAAAAAUUUCUCACCAUCGCUGACCUUCUGAUGAAGUUAAGGCUCGGAACGUUAACCUUCAGUAAUGGCAUAGAUUUGUUUGGAAUGCUUUUCACUAGAUCACUUGAAUUUGGAGCUUUCUUUCUCCAGUUUCUUCGAUGGUGGAAUCAAGAAAAUUAUUACGUAAACCUGAUGGCUCUGCCAACACCUGUGCCUCCUCAGGUUCCAAAAAUAGCUCUACAGUAUAAAGGAUUAUGUCCAAUCUGUCGCAAAGGUCGGAAAAUCCCCACAGCUUUGCCAGUUUCAGGGUACGUCUUCUGCUACCAGUGUAUCCUAAGAUAUAUACGAGAAUAUGAGAAAUGUCCGAUCACCAACUAUCCAGCCAAAGAGGAUGACUUGGUACGAUUAUAUGUAGAGUAGAUAUUUUCAAAAUAACUUCAUUUUUUCGUACACUCAUGAUAUAAGAUGUGAAGAUGCACAUAAAAUGAAAAUAAGUCUGAAGCUUCACUGAAAAAUGGAUUAGCAGUCAGUUGAUUUGGCCGACGUAAGAUGGAAUUUGUAUGACGUAUUUGCACGGUGGCAGUUCUCA